UUGUGGUGGAGGGUGUAGUGUGCCGAAGUGAUGUGAACACUUUAGUAUUUAGAGAUGACAAGAUUGACAUCUGUAAAGAUAUCAUUGAGCCACUAGUAUCAUCUGAACACCUUGCCGACAAUCCCAAGAUAAUCAUUGAGGAGGAGACUAAUCGAGGUAAAUUGCUUGAUUUAUCGCAGUUAAGAACCCCACAUGGCCAAAAAUUUAUUGUCGCUGUAGUCGAUGCUAAUAUUGACAAGAUUGACCACGUUCGAGACAUAUUUGUUGAAUGGCGUAUUCAUCGCUCUAAAAUGAUCGACAUCAAAGAAAGACUUUUGAGAUUAGAAUCACAAAAAUUUAAAGCGAUGAUUGUGAGGUCUCAUCUCGAGCAGCCGAUUUAUUUGUGCCCAGGCAAGUCCGUGGGUUACAACGAUUUUGGAGAUGUUGUUGGUGAGGUUGACGAAGUGAUUAGGUCCACUCAAAACCCGAAAGGUUUGGCUAUUGCGAUCAGGCUAGAGCUAGAUGAGUAUCACCUCUGGAUUAAAAUAGAUACCAAUACCAAAAUACUUACUGACACAUUUUCGGAACUGGGUUAUGCAGCCAUAUGUAUCUCUGUAAGGAAGACUGAAAUAGAUGACAUCAUGACUGCAGUGACAUACCACACAGAGUUGUCAGACCACCCGAUAGUGUUUGCAAUUAGUGGACAAGUAGCUGGAGAUGACCCAAACCAUUUGCUUGAUAAAAGUAGUCUUAUCGACAUCGACAUCAACAAGGCUAUUCUCGAGCCUCUUUGCAUUCCUUAUCUCUCUCAGCACCCUAAGAUAUUUCUUAUCAUGGCCUAUACUGGUACUGAAACCUCGCUGGACCUAUCACACCUGAUGGUUCCAUUCGAAGGAAACUUCAUUCUUGCUUAUAUCCAUUCUAAAACAAUACACAAUAUAUCUUCUGAGACUACUGAGAUUUUACAGCAUGCACUCCAGAACACCGACGCAUCUAUUGAUGAAGUACUAGAUGAGGUUCGACGUAACAUCCCAGGCCACUCUUCAAUGAAGGUGAUCUCUCGCCUCGACAAGCCAGUGUAUAUCCAUGACGACCCGGUAGAUCUUCAUCGCGGCAUUGGUGAACAAAUAGACCCUACUGGAACUGAUCCAGUUGGGACAAGUUAGUAGCUACUAUUAAAUGGACAAAUUAAACUAUACUUAUUUAUUUUGGUCAUCAUGCUUUCUUAUUUAAAAAAAACAACACUUUUUUAUUAUGUAGAUCGAGGUAUAGCUCCUUAUAAUAAUAUACUUGCACGAGCAUAUUAUACCGGUAUGGUUAUAGCACAAUUUUUCCCUGAAGUGUUUAAUCUGAAAUCAAAUCAGUCAUUUACAUAUGUAUGC